ACGUCAGAGUCUCGUUGUAGCCGCCAUCUUGGGUCAUUUCUUGCAGCCAGACUGGGUAUUUUCAGAUUAGAGAAACUGGGUCUUGGAAAGAAAAUGGGACGAUCCCGAACUAGGAGCAGGUCACCAACCAGACACAGGCAUAGAGUAAAACACAAGAAACAUAGAUCAAGAUCCCGUUCAAGAUCUGUUUCUAGAAAUCGACGUGAAGGCAGCAGACGAAUACGAUCCCGUUCACGGGAUAGAAAGCGAACUGCAAGAAACCACAAGGCCCAGAGAGCUGACAAUACAGUAAGAAAGCGAUCGUAUUCCUCCAGUAGUUCAAGUAGUGACGAAGAUCUCAUCAUGCGGGCUAAACGUCGAGAGGAAGAAGAGAAAAAGGCAGAAUUAGAACGACAGAGACUCCAAAAACAAAAAGAGCUAGAGGAGAAACUAAUCGAAGAGGAAGUCGCUCGUCGUGUUGAGGAACUUGUAGCUAAGAGAGUAGAGGAGGAACUGGAACGGCGUAAAGACGAGAUCGAAGCUGAGGUCCUGCGUCGGGUGGAGGAAGCAAAGCGUAUCAUGGAGAAGCAGAUGCUGGAGGAGCUGGAGAAGCAGCGAGAGGCUGAGCUAGAGGCUCAGAGAAAGAAGGAGGAAGAAGAACGGGCAAAGAGGGAAAGGUUAGAAAAAAUAAUGGAAGACAACAAUAAGAAAAUUGAAGAAGCGCAAAGAAAAUUAGCUGAGGAACAGUUGAAAUUAGUUGAAGAACAGCGAAAAAUGUUGGAAGAAAAACAACGACUUGAAGAUGAGGAGAGAAAACGUACAAAGCGAGACCAGGAAAUCAUACUCAACAAAAAGAAUGCAAGACCAAAGCUCUCCUUCGCACUGGGGAAAUAGGAACCCCUUUUGCUGUGUUCUUUUUGUGUGAAAUCUUUCCAUGGGAAUCUGAGCAGGUCAACUUGGAUGGCAAGGAACAAAGCAUCCAAAGACUGAGACUGACUCUAUCAUGCUCAGUUGAUGUACUCUACAUCUCUGUGAGAGGGAAAGUUUAAUUGGGAAUGGGGACAAAUUUCAGUUUGAAUUUUGUUCGUGACAAUAGUGUUUCAACCUUACUUGUUUGGCUGGGGGUAACAAAUUGUUAGGUAUAAUGAAUCAUGUAAAAUUGAAGAAAUUCCCGAAUAGAGAAAGACACCUUCUCAAGAAAGCUUGCUUUAAUGCACAGUUAUAUACAGAAGGGAAAUCUCAGGUGCUUUUUCUUUUGGUGAAUAUUUAUUGAUUCUGGCUGUUCACUUAAGGCACUGUGAACAUUUUAACUAGACUGGAAAGGGUGAUGGUGAUCCUAAAGGAGAGUUUGUGGAAUGGCAGUCUUGAACUGUUCAUGUACAUUGACAGUCAGAGCAGACUGUGGAGAGAGAGAGAGAGAGAUCAGUGUUCAUCGGAUAUGCCUGGAGGCUUUGUGGGGAAGGGUGGGGUAAAGGUAGGUGAAUCAAGAAGGGGGUGGGGCUUUGGGAGUUAAUUCUGUUGUUUUUGAGGGGUGGGAUAUUUAUCAGUUACUUAUAAUUGGGCCUGGGCAGAGGGUUAGGGGUUGGAGAUAACAAGGAACACUUCCCCAUCCCUUAACUGGUAGGUAGGAAGGGUUGUAACUUGUUAAGGAUGGGAAUUGUAAGGGGUAAGGAAUGGUAGGUUCCUGGGAAGGGGAAAGGAUGGGUUAAUUGUUAAGUGGUGGUUGAUAUUAUGAUGUCCUGAAUUGGGUGUGAAUAAUUCCAGUUCAUGGGAAUGGGUGGUAGGUGGUCAAGGUAGGGUGAUGGAGGUUGGUCCUAUGGGUUUACAUUGAAGUUCUAGUAAUUAGUAAUCUGCAUUGGCAUGGGGGUAGUGUUGCCAUCGUGGCAACUUUAAUAAAUACUUCCUGAUAUGAUUGCCCGGAUAUUGGCAUGUUAUUGUGGACAUUGUAUGAUCAAUUAGAUGGUUAAGGUAGGUGUUUAUCAGUACGUUUGUGCUUCUUGUUACGGGGAGGGUGGGUGUGCAGUGGCUUAGUGUAUUUUAGAUUCACAGGAAGACCUAUGCUCUUGCGAUAAUUUAUCAUUUCUGGAUUUGGCAUUGUGCUCAAAACUUGUUAUUCACAUUGAAAAAAUGGUGUAAAUAAUUCCUCUAUGUCAAUUUAAUAAAUUUAUAUUUAAUCUUUCGAUAUUUCCUAACACAUGGCAUUAUUAGUUCUGAUGUUUUCUGUGCAUUUUUUUAACACACACAGUGGUAGGGGUUGCAUGUUUUACUCUUUAUGCAGUAAGGUGGAACAGUUGGUAAAUAUGUACGUUUUUUGUGGUUUUUUUAAUCCAUGACGUUUCUAUAAGGGAGUUGUGUGAGCAGGUGGCCAUGUUUGAAGGUCUUUUUAAAGGACCUUGAUUAGUGUGUGGAACAAAGCAUUCUCUCUUUUUGUGGUCAUAAUACUUAGUGUCAUAAUCAUGUUACCUUUUAAGUAGGAAUUGAUAUAUCUAUUUAAAACAAUGAAAAUCAGAGCUGACAUACUAGGGUAAUGCCAGGAGGGCAAACAUCAUUUUCACAUUUUCAUAGAGUGAUGUUUAUCCAGAUGAGGUUGAUAGUGGACUGAGAAGAAUGAUAGGAAGAUUUUCGAGUCUCAGCUGUUGUCUUUUGGUUUGUUUGUUUUCUCCAGUGUUAGCAGCACAAGUUUCGUGUGGAAGUCAGUGGCCAUCGCAAUUCCAAGACUUUAUGAGCCAGAUGUAGUCAUGACUAUUAUGAUGGUAAUUUUGUGUACUUGUGUGACAAUGAAUGUAUGGGUGUAUGAAAGUGUGAAUGUGCCGCAGUUUGAAUGAGGGAAGGGGCUGGGUUUAAUUGUCUGGGUUUGUUGUACCCACCAGCGUGUUAUCAUGCAUCAGAAAGGAGUGACUCCAUGAAGGAAGUGGAGAUUGAACAAUCAAGGAAGUGGUGAUAGGGUGGACAGGGAACAGGUAAGGCAGUGAUCAAUCAGGAAGGAUAGAAUGGUACAUCAAGGGAGGGGAGAGGGGUAUUUAGAUAUACAGGGGGUUUGGGGGGGUGACACCAAUAGAUGGGGCCUGUGGGUUCUGUUAAUGCUUAACAUGUUUGUUUAUUUGUGCUGUAUAGUUGCUAAUAAAUUUUGUAUGGAAUAUGA